AGACAGUGAGAGAGAUAGCAGUGUAACGAGCAGAGUCAUGUUUUCAAGCCAAACUGUGCUGUGCUAAAUGGGACUGUGUGUUAAGUGAAUGGCCAACGAGAAACCAAGGAGCUGUUGUGAAGCAGUGUCAGGGAAUUUUGGGUGGAUGAUUCUGUGGGUGUUUUGAUGAUGCGUUGGUCUGAAUUAUCACGGUAGAUUGUCGCGACAUCUUGCUGCGGUGUGAUGGCGUCGUUCGAGGCCAGCGCGGACCGCCGUAAACUGCACAACUACAAGUUAAUGGCGGAUCCGCUGAUCCAUCCUGGUGCCAAGCAGAAGGUGUACCGUGUGGACGGGCUCAUCGACAAGAGCUGUCGUCACCAGCAUCUCUAUGAGGAGGCGCUGACGGUGUCGGACCCGCGGAAGCCCCCCAGCGCCAAGUUCUGGAGCACGCCGUUCGCGCAGACGGUCAAGCUGCAGCCCACGCACUUUGUGAUUGACGCCAACUACACGGGGAAGCCCCCCGACGUGCAGGUGCUCCUGGAGAACCUCAACGACAACUUACGCGAGGAGUUCCUGCGCGAGAUGCUGCAGAAGACGGCGGGCAAGGUGGUGACGUUGACCAUUGGUUACCAUCCUGUCAGUAGGAAGCACCUGGGCUUCGCCUACGUGGAGUUCGAGAGCGAGGAGGCCUGCGCUGCGUGCCUGCGCAACGUCAACGGAAAGUCCGUCAUGGGCAAGGCCAUCGCUGUUUCCAAGGACCCCAUGGGGAGGAGGUACAAGGCGCUGCUGGAGGAGAUCACCGCCGAGGCGGAGAAGCCCAAGGCGCCCCCCGCCCCGCCCCCCGCCGUCCCCCCGCCGCCGCCCCCGGCGCGCCCCGAGCCGCCCAAGGUGGAGCCCCCGCCGCCCCCACCCCCCAGCGUGCGCACUCCCCUGGGGCACACGCCCCUGGGGGCGCUGGGGGACGGGACGCCCUUCCGCUCGCCGGGGGCCUUCUCCCUGGCGUCGGCCUCGUCCUCGCGGCGCAGUGUGCCGUCGCUGGAGGAGCGCAGUGCGGCGUUCCACGCGCACCCCUUCGCCUCGCCCAAGGAGCACCUGCCCCUGCCCCCGGCCAGCACGCCGACGACGACGCAGCGACCCAGUCUGCAGGAGCGCAUCCAGUCGCUGCUGAAGAGCGGCCGCGGGCCCUUCGACUCCAUCGCCAGCAGUUUCGCCGACUCGGAUGACGAGGCGGAGGAGAAGAAGCCCAAGACGGAGCCCGAAAGUAACGAGGCCCCCGUGAGCGAGGGGACCAAGCGGUCGCGGUGGGACCAGAUCCCUAAAUCAGCGGUGAACAGUCUGAGCCACAUCCCGCUGCCGCCGCCCGGCAUCGUCAUCAUCAACACGCCGCGCGGCGUCGGCCCGUUCCCCGCGCCGGCCCUGGACCCCAAGAGCAACCUCCUGUCCAACCUCUUCCUCCACACCGGCCUCUACAAUAUGCAGUCGGCCCCCGAGGACCUGCGCGGCUUCUACGAGAACUUCUUCCGCCCCAUGAUCAACCCCUACACGGUGCGCGAGGACAGUCGGCACCGCCUCAAGCACGAUCUGCGCAGCGUGCUGGGCCGCGACGUCAAGAAGCGCGUGGUGGACUCGGUGGUGUUCAAGGCGGUGGACACGUGGCACGAGAAGAGCCACCGCGAGUACAACGAGAAGAUGUCGAUUCGCGCCGUGCCGACGCUGCCCACGCAGGCGCCCCACGUCAUCGACAUCACCAACACCGUCGACCAGAUUCUCAAGGGCGAGACCAUGUUCGCCGCGCACAUGCGCGGCGGUGCGGGCGGAUUCGGGCUGGGAUUCCGCAACGCCAUCCCCAAAAUGCCCUCCUUCCGGCGAAUCAAACCCCCGACGGUGACGGCUGACCAGGAGAACGAGCGGGAAGUGGCGGAGGCCAGUGAGAAGGCGCCGGCGGUGGAGACGGCCAAGGCGGAGGGCAGCGGCAGUGCGGAGGAGAUGGCCACCGCGUCCAAGAAGCGCUCCAAGGCGGGUAAGGAGAAGUCGCGGAAGAAGGCCAAACGGGGCGAGGCCGAGGCGAGCCAGGAGAAGGUGAAGGAGGAGGCGGAGGUGUCGCCCCUGGCCGAGGAGACGCCCGCGGUGAAAACGGAGAAAGCCGAUGUGAUUGUCAAGAAGGAGAUGGUGUCGCUGUUGAAACCGCCGUUAGCGGAAGCCGCUGCUGCCUCGGCGGAGCGGGCGGCCUCCCUGCCCGACAUCAAGAGCUUUGCUCAGCCGGCGGCGCCCAGCAGCGCGCCCGCCGUGCACCGCAGUAUUUCGCUGGCGGAACCGGCCGUCGUCAAGACGGAGCCGGCGCCCCUGGAGGACAUGGACACCGCGGACAUCAGCCCCAUCGACCUGCUGAUCCGCGCGUCGGAGCUGAUGAAGAUGAAGGAGGAGAGCAGCAAGGGCAAGGGCCUCGGCGUCCUCACCGAGCACGAGCAGAAGCCGGCCUCCACCGCCGCCGCCAUGAAGGCGCCCCUGGAGCCGCCCAAGGAGAAGACCAAGCCCAAGCAGCCGCCCUGGCGCAAGAUCCGCUUCCCGCCGCGCUCCGCGGAGCAGGAGGCGGCCAUCCUGUACUCGGCGGUGGACGUGGGCAUCGACCACGAGGACCUGAGCUACCUCAAGUUCGUCAGCGACGAACUGCUGUCCAACGAGCACGGCCCGGCCUGGAUCAACGUCUUCCACUGGGUGGACCAUCCGCCCACCCUCCCGCCGGGCGGCGCCGCGCCCCCACCCGACGUCACCGAGGGCGGGUGCGCGCGCUGCACCCCGUACAAGCGGGUGACGCGGCGCAUCCUGCAUUCGCGGAAGAACGCCACGGUGGACACGACGGCGUCGCUGGACAAGAUCGAGCGGCUGUCGGCGCCCAACGCGGGCGGCCACGGCAAGUACAAGGUGGUGGGCGACGGCACGACGGGCGACAUGGACACGCGGAAGGCCGUGGCCAUUGAGAUCCAGGAGAAGAGCAAGGGGAAGGGCGUGUCGGCGCGGCAGGCGCGGCUGAACAAGCGGCGCGUCAUGUCGGAUCUGGACUACACGUGCGCCGAGUGGGGCGUCGAUCUGAGCGACAUUGGCAAGUUCUACUCGCUGAAGCACGCGUCGAAGCGCGUCAAGUUCGGCCGGUCGCGCAUCCACAACUGGGGAUUGUUCGCGCAGGAGCCCAUCGCGCCGGACGAGAUGGUGAUCGAGUACAUUGGCGAGAAGAUCCGCGCCAACAUCGCCGAUCUCCGGGAGAAGCAGUACGAGCGGAUGGGCAUCGGCAGUUCCUACUUGUUCCGCGUGGACGACUACUCCGUCAUCGACGCCACCAAGGCCGGCAACUACGCGCGCUUCAUGAACCACUGCUGCACGCCCAACUCGUACGCCAAGGUGAUCAGCGUGGACGGGCAGAAGAAGAUUGUCAUCUUCAGCAAGCAGCAGAUCAACACCGGCGAGGAGAUCACCUACGACUACAAAUUCCCGCUGGAGGACAACAAGAUCCCCUGCCUCUGCGGCUCCCCCGGCUGCCGCAAGUUCCUCAACUGAGACGGGACGAUUACACGUGCAUUGCGCCGGAACACGGGAGCGGAGCGGUGUCUGUGAUGCGGGUGGUGGUGCUGCAGUGCUAGUAGGUGUCUGUUUCUCUGUGUUGUCGCGCGUCCUCGUCGGUGUUGUGUUGCCGUGACCCGCCUUGCAAUUCGAUUAGGCCUUGUUAGCCCCUUCUUUCUUUCUGUGCUAUAUUCUCUUCUCUUCAUCCACUGUUAUCUAUUUUCUGUUUCGUGUUUAUCCCGCAGUUCUAUUCGGCCUUAUUUAUCCCGUACGUAGUUUAUGCAGAGCUCUAUAGAUUGACAGACAGACAGACAGCGCGUGCUCUUGGCUGUGCUGUGCGUCUGUUCUCCUCUGAUCCUGUCUGUAAUCAGCCAGAAAAGUAUUUGCUACUCACUCAGAUUCAGUCCCUUCUUGCGUGUAUUUUUCCUUAUAAUAUAUAGAAGUAUACAUUAAAUCGGCAAUAAA